AUGCAGCUCUUCUCCUGCCUCAUGGCUCUUCUCCUUUUCCUCCUCCAGGCUGUUCCAGGUCUUGGCUUGCCCAAAGACACUUUACGUUGUGUUGGAUACCACGGUUUCUGCUACCAUUCAAAAUCCUGUCCAGAGCCGUUUGCCGCGUUUGGGACUUGCUCUUGGCGUCAGAAGACCUGCUGCAUAGACACGACAUCAAACUUCCAUACUUGUCAAGACGAGGGAGGUCAUUGUGUACCUCCAGAAAUCAAUUGUCUGCAAGAACAAGAGGGACUUUGCCCUCACAGAGAAUGGAAGUGCUGCACAGAAGUGUAA